GAGGUUCUUGCUGAUCACAUUCCAUAACAGAAGGGAACUUCAUUAUUGACCACAAUAUAUCAAACGCUAUAGAAAUGAAAGAGGAACAGCAGGAAGAACCACAGCAGAUGACUGAGACAAAACAGGAACCAGAAAGUCAUUCAAUUAAAGAAGAACAGACUGAACUGUGGAUCUUUCAGGACGAAGGGCAGCUUUUAAUGAAGCAGGAGUCCAGCACCUCUAUGGUGACUUGUUCUUAUGAGGGAAUAGUCCAUCAUGUUCCAGAACUGCUACAGCAUGUAGACACAAAGGAGGAACCAGAACCGGUACUAGUUAAAGAGGAACAUGAGGAACCAGAGUCUGUACAGAUUAAAGAGGAACAGGAGGAUCUCUACAGUAAUCAGGAUGGAGAUCAGCUUGUAGUGAAGCAAGAGACUGACAGCUUUUUGGUGACUCCUACUUAUGAGCAAAAAGUCACUAGUGAACCAGAACCAAACAAGAACCAACUCCUCUCUGCAAACCGCCCUGAAGGUGAGAACAAACAUCAGCAAGAAAGCAACCAGAAAGACUCAGGAUCAAUUCGAGAUAAAGAUUUGAACCCAGAGAACAGACAUCAGGACACCAGAAAUAACAAGGACAACAAGGACAAUUCCAAACUAAAAAGACAUAAAACAGGUUUUUUCUCCUGUGAAAUAUGUGGUAAAUGUUUUAGUCAGCGCAGGUACUUGACUGCUCACAUUAGAACUCACACAGGGGAGAAGCCAUUUUCAUGUCAGACUUGUGGAAAAGAUUUCACCAGCCAGUCUACCCUGAGUGCUCAUGUGAGAACUCACACAGGUGAGAAGCCUUUUCAGUGUGUGGUUUGUGGGAAAGGUUUUACCCAGAAAACCCCCCUGAGUUAUCACAUGAGAACUCACUCAGGUGAGAAGCCUUAUUCAUGUGAAAUGUGUGAUAAAGCUUUCAGACAGAGUAGUGAUUUGGCUUGUCACCUUAGAACUCAUACACGUGAGAAACCAUACCACUGUGAAGUGUGUGAUAAAUAUUUCAGACAGAGUAGUGAGUUUGCGCGUCACAAGAGAAAGCACACUGGUGAUAAACCUUACACAGGUGACAAUUCCUAUCCUUGUGGAUUGUGUGGUAAAUCCUUUACGCGGAGUAGUGAGCUGACUCGUCACCUCAGAACCCACACAGGUGAAAAACCAUUUAGUUGUAAAUCUUGUGAUAAAUCUUUCACACAGCAUAGUGACCUGACGCGCCAUAUGAGAACGCACACAGCUGAGAAACCUUACAUUUGCAAAAUUUGUGGAAAGUCUUUUCGCCUUGGUAGUUAUUUGACUGUUCACUUGAGAAUUCACACAGGUGAGAAGCCAUGUUCUUGUAAACUAUGUGGUAAAUCUUUUAGUGAACAUAGUAGUUUGGGCAAGCAUUUGAAAACUCACACAGUUGACAAACCAUAUACUUGUAAACUGUGUAGUAAAUCUUUUAGACGGAGUAAUGAUGUGGCUCGUCACAUGAAAACUCACACAGGUGAAAAGUUUUUCCAAUGUCCUGAUUGUGCUAAAGGUUUUGCCCAGAAAACUGCCUUAGGUUAUCAUAUGAGAACUCACACAGGUGAGAAACCGUAUCCUUGUAAAAUAUGUGGUAAAUCUUUCAGACGGAGUAAUGAUUUAGUUCGUCAUAUUAAAGCUCACAUAGGUGUGAAUAAAGCAGCCCCUCCCUUCCCUGCGGAGGCUCACCUAACAGUCAUGGCCCAGAAUCAGCAAGCUGCUGCUGAACAGGGAUGGGUUUCACGUUUGAACCGAUACGGUAUCGAUGCCCAGUACCUUGGAAUCUGUAUCGGUACUCAAUGGCCUUCAACACCAUCAUCCUGGUUCUACUUCAGAGGUUUUCUAACAGAAGGAAACUUCAUUAUUGACCAAAAUAUAUCAAACGCUAUAGAAAUGAAAGAGGAACAGCAGGAAGAACCACAGCAGAUGACUGAGACAAAACAGGAACCAGAAAGUCGUUCAAUUAAAGAAGAACAGACUGAACUGUGGAUCUUUCAGGACGAAGGGCAGCUUUUAAUGAAGCAGGAGUCCAGCACCUCUAUGGUGACUUGUUCUUAUGAGGGAAUAGUCCAUCAUGUUCCAGAACUGCUACAGCGUGUAGACACAAAGGAGGAACCAGAACCGGUACUAGUUAAAGAGGAACAUGAGGAACCAGAGUCUGUACAGAUUAAAGAGGAACAGGAGGAUCUCUACAGUAAUCAGGAUGGAGAUCAGCUUGUAGUGAAGCAAGAGACUGACAGCUUUUUGGUGACUCCUACUUAUGAGCAAAAAGUCACUAGUGAACCAGAACCAAACAAGAACCAACUCCUCUCUGCAAACCGCCCUGAAGGUGAGAACAAACAUCAGCAAGAAAGCAACCAGAAAGACUCAGGAUCAAUUCGAGAUAAAGAUUUGAACCCAGAGAACAGACAUCAGGACACCAGAAAUAACAAGGACAACAAGGACAAUUCCAAACUAAAAAGACAUAAAACAGGUUUUUUCUCCUGUGAAAUAUGUGGUAAAUGUUUUAGUCAGCGCAGGUACUUGACUGCUCACAUUAGAACUCACACAGGGGAGAAGCCAUUUUCAUGUCAGACUUGUGGAAAAGAUUUCACCAGCCAGUCUACCCUGAGUGCUCAUGUGAGAACUCACACAGGUGAGAAGCCUUUUCAGUGUGUGGUUUGUGGGAAAGGUUUUACCCAGAAAACCCCCCUGAGUUAUCACAUGAGAACUCACUCAGGUGAGAAGCCUUAUUCAUGUGAAAUGUGUGAUAAAGCUUUCAGACAGAGUAGUGAUUUGGCUUGUCACCUUAGAACUCAUACACGUGAGAAACCAUACCACUGUGAAGUGUGUGAUAAAUAUUUCAGACAGAGUAGUGAAUUUGCGCGUCACAAGAGAAAGCACACAGGUGAGAAGCCUUACAUUUGCAAAGUUUGCGGAAAGUCUUUUCGUCUUGGUAGUUAUUUGACUGUUCAUUUGAGAAUUCACACAGGUGAGAAGCCAUGUUCUUGUAAACUAUGUGGUAAAUCUUUUAGUGAACAUAGUAGUUUGAUAAGACAUAUGAGAACGCACAGAGGUGAGAAACCAUAUCCUUGUAAACUGUGUGGUAAAUCUUUCAGACGGAGCACUGAUGUGGCUCGUCACAUGAAAACUCAUCCAGGUGGGAAUAUAAACUGAGUUGUAAAUCAUUUGCUAUCAGAUUAAGUUGGACUAAAUGUGUGGAAUUAAUCAGUUUAGGAUGGAAGAAUGCAUUCAAAUCCCUUUUUAUACUUGGAGUAGGUUGCAAAAUAAUAUUGAGAUAUAAUGGAUCCUAAAAAUAUGUAUUAAUAUUGGAUACUAAUUUGCAUCACAGCUGACCCAUUUUGUCAUCCCAGUUCUCCAUUUUCAAACAGCAGCCCCUCCAUUCCCUGUGGAGGCCCAACUAACAGUCAUGGACCUGAAUCAGCAAGAUGCUGCUAAAAGUUUGAAACUCUGCCAACUCUGCUGAAAAGUACGUCUAGAGAAAAGCCUUUGUGAUCAUCCUUUAGCCAACUUGGCAAAAGCACAAGUGUUUAUCAGAGGUACAGAGGUUUAGAGGCCUGUCAGGUAGACCAACAGGAAAAGUCGAAGGAUGGCAGAUGCUAGCUUGCACUAACACUGAAAAAUGAAAUUCUGGUGUUUGAGAAUAACUUCAAAACGUCAGCUCCUGUAGUUGCAACAGAGCAUUAUUGAACCUCCGGGAUGACUGUAGUUGAUCACCUAAAACAAUAUGAUGCAAUAAUGCAAAAUUGCCAAAGACAAAAAUAGCACCGGGCUUCUUCUGAAUCCAUUUGCAAGAAUCAGAUCCAUGUUUUCACUGAAGAAACUACUCGUACUCGUCAUCUUCCGCUUAUCUGGGAGCGGGUCGCUGGGGCAGCAGACUCAGCAGAGACACCCAGACGUGCCUCCCCAGAUACCUCCUCCAGCUCCGCCGGGGGGAUCCCAA